CCGAACCUCUUCCUACGCAUUCGGGACGUGGCACGCGCAAAACACAAUCACCGUUCCUCUGCGGCGGCGGCGGCGGCGGCGGGGUCGUCGCUCUAAAGGAGGAUUCCCAUUCCCUCCUCGCUCCGCUUAUAAAAGAGGCGGCGGCGGUGGUGGGAACCCCGCCCGAUGCUCCUCUACCCCGCCUCCUCCCUCCACCAUGAGAUGCGGCUGAGGCCCUUCUCUAUCCUCCGACGCGCUCUCCCUCGCCCUAACCCCUCCCUCUCCAUUAGAGCUUCUCCCAUGGCUUCUUCCGCUUCCUCCGUUUCCACCGAGAAGGGGACGGCUCCUUCCACCAACCAGGAGCACAAGGAGCCGCAGCAGUUGAGUUCUCCCCCGUUGCAGGUUGCUAAGCGUCUGGAGAAGUUCAAGACAACUAUCUUCACUCAGAUGAGCACGCUCGCCCUCAAACACGGAGCCAUAAAUCUGGGCCAGGGCUUCCCAAAUUUUGAUGGUCCAGAUUUUGUCAAAGAAGCUGCUAUUCAAGCUAUCAGAGAGGGAAAGAACCAAUAUGCAAGAGGCUUUGGCGUGCCAGAUCUAAAUUCCGCCAUAGCCACCAGGUUCAGGAAAGACACAGGUCUAGAAGUGGACCCUGAGAAGGAAGUGACAGUGACAUCCGGAUGCACUGAAGCAAUAGCCGCAACAAUACUAGGGCUAAUUAAUCCUGGAGAUGAAGUUAUCCUAUUCGCACCUUUCUAUGAUUCUUAUGAGGCUACCUUAUCAAUGGCUGGCGCGAAGAUUAAGUGCAUUACUCUCCGCCCCCCAGAUUUCUCUGUCCCAAUUGAUGAGCUGAAGUCCACAAUUACGAAGAACACGCGUGCAAUAAUGAUUAAUACACCUCACAAUCCCACUGGGAAAAUGUUUACAAGAGAGGAACUUGAAACUAUUGCUACUCUGUGUCAAGAGAAUGACGUGCUGGUUUUCACAGAUGAGGUUUAUGACAAGUUGGCAUUUGAAGCUGACCAUAUUUCCAUGGCUUCUCUUCCAGGAAUGUAUGAGAGAACUGUGACUAUGAACUCUCUGGGGAAAACAUUCUCUUUAACUGGGUGGAAAAUUGGGUGGGCGAUAGCACCGGUGCAUCUAACAUGGGGUGUGAGGCAAGCACACUCUUUUCUCACUUUUGCCACAUCAACCCCGAUGCAGUGGGCAGCAUCAGUGGCUCUGCGGGCCCCAGAGACCUACUAUGAGGAAUUGAAGAGUGACUACAUGGCAAAGAAAGAAAUCCUAGUAGAUGGACUCAAGGCUGCGGGCUUUGUUGUUUACCCAUCAAGCGGAACGUACUUUAUAAUCGUGGAUCAUACCCCCUUUGGGUUUGAAAAUGAUGUCGCGUUCUGCGAGUACUUGAUUCAGGAAGUGGGCGUGGUUGCGAUUCCAACAAGUGUAUUUUACCUGAACCCGGAGGAAGGAAAGAAUUUGGUUCGGUUCACGUUUUGCAAGGAUGAGGGAACCCUGAGGGCUGCAGUUCAGAGGAUGAAGGAGAGGCUGAGAAAAUUAUGAGGGGGAUUAGGCAGUUAAUUGGCAUUAAGUUGCCGAAGGUAAUCUAAUUUAUUCCCAUGUUUGUUUUAUUGCAUAGACUAUAUGAAACAUGAGCAUUCCUGAUUCUAGUUGCAGUUCUUGAGCUAUUGUGAUGAUUAAUUGACUUUUGAGUAAGAAACUGCGAAAUAAAUUAUGUUUACCAGUUUUUCAGAAUUCAGAUCGAUCUAUUUUAAA